AUGCCUUUUGCGCAGCUCGUCCUGGGCAGCCCUGGCUCGGGGAAGAGCACCUAUUGCGAUGGCAUGCACCAAUUCAUGGGCGCCAUCGGGCGCGAGUGCUCUGUCGUCAACCUCGAUCCCGCAAACGACAAGACCAAUUAUCCUUGCGCUCUCGACAUCCGGGACUUGAUCACGUUAGAGGAGAUCAUGAGCGACGACCACCUCGGCCCCAACGGAGGGGUGUUGUACGCAUUUGAGGAGCUCGAGCACAACAUGGAGUGGCUUGAGAACGGCCUGAAGGAGCUGGGCGAAUCCUACGUUCUCUUCGAUUGCCCGGGGCAGGUUGAGCUAUAUACACACCACAACUCGCUCCGUAACAUCUUCUUCAAGCUCCAGAAGCUGGGCUUCCGGCUUGUAGCCGUGCACCUAUCCGACAGCUUCUGCCUGACCCAACCGAGCCUAUACAUCUCAAACCUUCUCCUGACCCUCCGCGCCAUGCUCCAGAUGGAUCUCCCCCACAUCAACGUCCUUACCAAGAUCGACAAAGUCUCGUCCUACGAUCCGUUGCCUUUCAACCUCGAUUUCUACACCGAAGUACAGGACCUGUCGUAUCUGAUGUCGUACCUCGAGGAGGAAGCGCCCGCAAUGCGCAGUGACAAGUUCAGUCGGCUCAACCAGGCCGUCGCGGACAUGGUGGAGAGCUUCGGUCUAGUGCGGUUCGAGGUUCUGGCUGUCGAGAAUAAGAAAAGCAUGAUGCACCUCUUACGAAUAAUCGACAGGGCUGGUGGAUACGUUUUCGGUAGUGCGGAGGGGGCCAACGACACGGUGUGGCAGGUGGCUAUGCGCAAUGAGUCUUCCAUGAUGGAGGUGCAGGACAUCCAAGAGCGAUGGGUUGAUGCGAAGGAGGCCUACGACGCGGUGGAGGAGAAAGAGUGGGAAGAGCAAUUGAAGAGGCAGGAGACCAACGCUACUCCAGGCUUGAUACCGGAUGACGAUGACGAGUUCGACGGAAUGCCGCCGCCUGUAGGCGAUAGUGGGAUAAAGGUAGUCCGAAAGAAGAGGUGA